ACCAGCACAGAGAGUUUGAUAAUAUCUUGCAAAGUUUGGCGUAUGACAAUGUCUUUUGUAGAUACCAUCCGGGAAUGGGAUGAGGGUGUGGCAUUAGCUGAUAGGCGAGAUUGGGCAGCUGCCCUCAGGGUGCUUUCAAAAAUCCUCGACAUCAAUUCAAAAAUAUUUUUUAACAUUGGCUGUCUUCACCUAAUCAACCAGGAACUGGAUGCUGCUGAAAAGGCUUUUGACAACAGCAUCCGCAAGGAUGAGCACUUGGCCAUUUCCUUCUUCCAGAGAGGAAUAACAUUCUACAAAAAACAAAAGUUUGAGGAAUCCUUAGGUGAUUUUCAGAAGGCCUUGACUGAGUUACGAGGGAACCAGCUAAUUGACUAUAAACCUCUGGGUCUGUGGUACAAGCUCUAUGCCUGUGAGAUCUUACACAAUGUGGCCCUAACCCAAGCUCAGCUGGGCCAGUGGGAGAAAGCCCAGGAGAGUCUGCUCGUUGCGCUCAGCCUUAAGACUGAGUCAAAACACGGUCACAUUGACCAAGCUCUGGAGUCUGUCCUGAAGCAGAAACUGUUUGAGCCAGUUGAGAUUGAGGAAGGGGUACUGUUCAGACCCGGCAAGCACUACGUGGCUGAGUUGGAAAAGAGGGACUACUUGGGCAAGGCUAAGGUGGUUGCCUCCAUAAUUCCCCGUGAUGACUUUUCUGGAUUUGCCCCCCUACAGCCACAGGUAGAAGAAGUUCCUACCAGACAGAAAGUGCCAGAAGUACUGAGAGCACUGGAGGGAGAACCACACAGUGUACUCUAUGAGUUUCUCCCUGAGACCACAGAGGAGCUGGCAGUGUUGCCCGGAAACAUUGUUUUUGUACUGCAGAAGGGGACUGACAACUGGGCCUCUGUGGUGUUCAAUGGAAAGAAGGGACUUGUGCCUUACAAUUUCCUGGAGCCUUUGGAAAUAACCUUAUCGUCCAAGCAAGAACAGGAGGUGACUCCCAGCAAAGCCAUACCGGCCCCACCAGGGGAAGAGCCACCUAGCCGACCAGAGAGAAGAACAGCUUUGGAUCACUCUGAAGAUCUGAGUGCAAUGAAAACAUCAAAUGAGGAUGACAAGACCCAGUUCUGUAUUGUGAAAGUGCAGUUCCAAUAUAGCAUAGCAAUUCGCUCAGCAAUAGGAGUACCAUACGCCACUGUUCUCCAGCAAAUCUGUAAAAAAUUGAAGCUGCCCAUCCACACAGUAACCCUGAGCUAUAAGAAAGCAGCAUCUGAUGAAAGGGUAAUUGCUGAUGAGAUGGAGAUGGAGAACAUAUGGAGAUCUGCGGAGAGUGGACGUCUGACAUUAUGGUGUGAUGUCAGCAAGGACAAGGAAAAUUGGUCACAUGGCCUUAACAAGAUGGUGGCUCUUCAUUCUUUUGAGGCUUCAUGUCCUGAGGACCUUGAGUUUUGCCAAGGUGAUAUCAUCACUGUGCUCUCAAAAGUCAAUGAGGAGUGGCUGGAAGGACAAUGUAAUGGGAAGGUGGGAAUCUUCCCUGCUCGCUUUGUGGAUAAAGUGUGACCUGAAAAUGCAACCAAGGAUCUCCUCGGAAAGGAAGGAAGCUGAAGCUACAAGACCCCCUCUAAGCAGACUAAGAAGUUCCAUAAUUAUGUUCCUAAUUCUCAACAAAAGGCUAGUGUUAUAUAUAAAAACAAAUUCAAAAUCUUCUUCUGAACCGUUUGAACUGUUGCACUCUAGUUUCAAUAGGAUAUCACUGCUGUAACUAUAUUUUUGUCUCCUU